AUGCAGUUGACCUUGUUGCCUCUCGUCAAGGGUACCCCUUCUGGUUUUGCCGCUGGGACUACCGGAGGUGGCAGUGCUAAGCCUCAGUAUCCUUCCAGUCUUAACGAGCUCAAGACUUGGUUGACGGAUAGCACUCCCCGAGUCAUCAUGAUCGACAGGACCUGGGACUUCCGCAACUCUGAGGGCACCACCAAGACGCGAUGCUGCAGCGACAAGUCGACCACUGUGUGCUCCGGAGGCACCUCCAAGGGCCAGCUCUGGAUCCAGGAUACCUGCAACUCACCCAGCACCUGGGUCGACUGCACCUACGACAACGCAGCCAGAAAGCCAAUUGACCUUGGAAGCAACAAGAGUAUCGUCGGUGUCGGAAGCAAGGGAGUAAUCGUGGGCAAGGGAUUCCGUAUCCGUGGCGGAGCAAAGAACGUCAUCAUCCAGAACAUCCACAUCACCAACCUGAACCCUCAGUACGUCUGGGGUGGCGAUGCCAUCACCCUAGACGGCGCCGACAAGGUCUGGAUCGACCACAACAAGUUCUCCCUCAUCGGUCGCCAGAUGCUCGUCUCUGGCUGGGGAGCCGCGGGACACGUCACCAUCUCUAACAACGAGUUUGACGGAAAGACGACGUGGUCUUCUGGCUGCAACGGAAAGCACUACUGGACUAUGCUCUUCAUCGGUGAGAAGGAUUACUACACCUUCUCUGGCAACUGGGUCCACGAUGUUUCUGGCCGUGCUCCUCAUGUUGGAACUGAUGCCACCAAGAGUGAGAUUCUCUUCCAUGCUGUCAACAACUACUUCCAGGACGUUGGCGGCCAUGCUUUCGAUGUUGACACCAACGUCUGGGCUCUUCUUGAGGGUAACUACUUUGACAAGGUCACCACGCCCAUGACCUCUGGAUCCAGCACCAAGGGCGCCCAGAUCUACGACGUCAUCACCGUCGACGAUGCUUCGGGCUGCACCAACUCUCUGGGAUACAUCUGCGAGUGGAACCGUCUUUCUGGAUCUGGCACUCUGCCUACUCUCAAGAGCUCUGCUGCGCUGUCGAAGCUUGGACAGUACAAGAGCAACCUGGUUAAGCAUAUCGGUGUGGCUGACGUUCCUGCUUCCGUCACCAAGAAUGCGGGUAUUGGACGUAUUUAG